CGGCCAGGUGAGCUUUCGUGCAAGGCGUGGGGUUCUUCCCGAACGAGGAGUACGCGACGAACGCGGACGGGAUGGUGAUCAACGACGGCACGUGGACGUACAAGAUCCCCACGGUGGACACCAUCCCCAAGCAGCUCAACGUGGAACUCAUCAACAGCGCGCGCCACCACAAGCGGGUGCUCUCCUCCAAGGCCUCCGGCGAGCCGCCGCUGCUGCUGCUGGCCGCCUCCGUGCACUGCGCCAUGCGGGAGGCCAUCCGGGCCGCCAGGACCGAGUUCUCCGCCGAGUCGCCGCUCACGUUCCAGAUGGACGUGCCCGCCACCAUGGCCCACGUCAAGGAGCUCUGCGGCCUCGACGUCGUCGAGAGGCACCUACAGAGCCUCUCCGCCGCCGCCACCCACAAGGCGUGAUGCUGUUGUUUGUCCGUUGUGUGUAUUCUAACGAGACAAGCCAUGGUUUUCGACAGUGGCCGGUGUGCUUGUGUCAUGCUGUGUAUAUGAGACAUAAUAAAGCUAUCGACUUGGAUCAA